GCUCACCCAGCAGUACGUCUACCCCCACCAGGCGUUCCUCCAGCCCAGCCUGGUGCUUCAGUCCCAGCUCAGCCCCACAGCAGCGGCCCUCUCCUCCCCUUACCUGGACUACAGCUCCGCCUACAGCCACUACACCCCCACAGGACUGGAGCAGUACCCUUACACCCCCUCGCCAUCACCCUCUGGUGGCUACCUCAGCUAUAGCUUCUCCCCUGGCACGCCGGCGCCCUCCCUCGCAGCGUCCCUGACUCCUCCGGCUGCCGUCCCUCCUCCACUGGCCGCACUCACCGCCAUGUCUGCUGCCCCGCAGGCCUUCCUUCACUACCCCCUGCACCAGCCCGACCGCAUGCAGUGAGCAGCCCUGAGAAACGAUGAUCGGUGGUGAAGGAUGGAGUGACGAUUCAAAAACAGUCUGACUGUUGAGCUGUGUCGUCAUCGGGAUGAGACUAAAUCACCAGGAAGAGAGUGUGAUGUAAUCAAAGGGCUUUUAGAAAACACUCGCAUUCCUGUUUCUUUUUUAUAUAAUAUCGUUGAAAUAAAUGUUUUAUUGUUUCAUCAGCAUAUGAUCUGAAUGUUUUUUACUAAAUGGCCGAAGUCAGGGACUUGGGUGAGAUGACUGGUAAUCUCCUGGACGUGUCUCUCACACCGUUGACCCUCAGUGUGGAGGUCGGAGGCUACUGGAGAGUACACGGGUAAAGACAAUGAGAAAUAAGUCUGCUUGACAUGAUGCUGCGGCGGCAGUUUCUCCGUACGCUACUGAGCCCAACGCUGGAUAUCAGCCAAGCUGGGAGCCGCCUCCUCUCUCAGAAACAGGUCGAUUACCUGCUCAUCAAGGUUACAUGUCUGUCUUUGGCCUUAGAGAUCUCUCUCCCUCCAUACCGACUUCAAUCUGUCAUUUUUAUUAGUGUCUCAUCUCAAAUGAACAAAAUGGUUGUUGUUCUCCCUUUUGUUCCUCUUAUCCACCACUGCAAAGUUAUUACACACAGUUUAACAGAAUAUGCAAUUAUGAUGAUGAAGGAUAAGCAUGAAUAAAGUAGGCAGCACUG